AUGGCGUCUCUGGUCGGCUUUGAUGCGAUCAGAUGUGACAACUGCCCUUUGGAGGUGGAAGUAUACUGUAAGAGCUGUGAAGUCAAACUCUGUGGAGAAUGUGGCGGGAAACACGUGACUGCAAAGACGUCCAAAGGUCACAUAAUUGUGCCAUACUGCGAAAGAUAUUCAACACCCGUCAUACCAUGUUGCAGAUUUCAUAUGUCGUCUAAAUGUUCCUUGUACUGUAGAAAAUGUAAAGACCUCAUUUGUGGAAUAUGCCAAAAUGAAGAACAUGUUAAUCACCAGAUGUCAGAUCUAAUACAAGAAAGCAGCUUAAAGCGUCAAGACAUUCAACACGACAUUAUAACGCUAGAAGAAACUAUCAUAAAACGACUCGAAAGCCUGUCUGAAAAUAUACUAGAACAGAAACAGCAAAUUUCAAAACAAUACGAACCUUUAGUAAUGGCAAUUCAGGAACAGGAAAAGAAAUGGCACGCGAUAAUACAAGAAAUCGCACAGAAGAAGUUGAUGGACCUUCAUAGCAUGAUGCAGAGCCAUAUAACGGAGAUUGACAAUAAUUUGACAGAAAUCAAGAAGCUUUUGAAAGACUCUCACACUGAAGCUUCCAGAUGUAGGAGUAUUUUGCAUAUGAAUUCGGCAAAAGAAUUUAUUUGCUUCGAUUCCAAUCUAGAGGAAUUUACUCAGCUAAAGUUGACAGAUGUUAUUUUUCCUACAUUCACUCCAAAGCCUAUCAAUGAAGAACACAUCACAGUGGAGCUUGGAUAUCUUUACGGGAAGUCACAAAGUAUAAUGGAAGUCCCUUUAGGGAUCCAGAAAUCAAGUUUUCUCGUACAAACUCCAAGACUUCUGGGAGUUCUUAAUAGUGGUUUGUUUAAUUCAGAACUCGUGACCAGUGUAAAUAAUGAAGCGAUUUGGGUGGCAAGGUUUGGAUCUAUCAGGCGAAUAAAUCGAAACAAUACAAAUUUGGAGUAUGUUGACAUUCCUUCAGGAUAUAUUUAUGGAAUAUGUCUUACAGAGCAAGGAGAUUUGGUGUAUAAUAACAAUACGGAUAAGGUGAUUAGGAUGGUUAGAAACGGGAAAUCGACGAAGCUGAUUUCUCUCACGAAGUGGAAAUCUAAUGGUAUAUGUACCACUUCCGAUGGAGACCUGUUGGUCUGCAUGAGAAGUGAAAAUAAUUAUCAGGGCAAAGUUGUUCGUUAUUCUGGUUCCAAUGUGUCACAGGAAAUACAGAAUGACAAAGAAAACAGAUCACUGUUUAGUUCCAGAUUUGAUAUGAUGUGCGUGGCUGAAAACAGAAAUUCUGAUAUUUGUGUUUCAGACGUCGGAUCAUCGGCAGUACUUGUUCUUAAUAAAAAAGGAGAGCUUCAGUUAUACUGGUAA